AUGGUAUUUACAAUCGUGUCUGAAGAACCGAAAUGGAAGUUCUUAAUCCUUAUUGAUCUCAUUGCUGACGCUUCCAAUUCUUCUUCGCAGAUCGCUUUGCGAAACAUCUCUGCCCUACCUCGAUUUCCCAUGUCCUCGUUCACAAAUGCCAUUUUGCGUUUUGUCCAGGAGGCUAUGCCAAUUGUGGCCCGCAUGGCCAUCGAGGCCAUACGCUAG